AUGGCGGGUCAGCUCACCGAUGAUCAGAUCUCCGAAUUCAAGGAGGCCUUCAGCCUGUUCGACAAGGAUGGCGACGGUCAGAUUCCUCGGGAUUGGUUUCGGCGUGUCUCGCUAGCUCUUCGAUUAAGAUCUGAUUGCAUCUCGCUGGGUUUUCUGGAGCACCAAAUCUUUGAUCUAAAGUGUUCCUGGUUUUGUUUGUUAGCUUUUCAUGCUUCCGAGCAUUGCUUCGUGAUUAAAGAAUACGUUUCGGCUUGUAGAUAACUUUGUCAUUCUCGGGUCAGCUAUUGUCCUCUGUGGAGAGAUCUCUUACAGCUGAAACUAUUAUUGUAGACCGGGACUCUCUGUGUUGGACAUGGAAAUGAUCUGAUCGAGUCUGCGCCUAUCAGUGUACUUUGUGGAAGAGGAUUUACUUUGUUAUAUUUAGGGAUAAUAAAUUAUAUGUUGCAUACAUGCCAUAUCUUAGAGUGAUUUAAUUGAUUGCCUCAUUUUUUUCUCUCAAGAUUGAAACGUCUUCGGCCACUGUAAUGAACAGGCUUAAGGGAGCUUUUGAGUGCGAGGCUAUUGUUGUUGCAGAAGAAAGUGAGGAUUUCGCUGCCAGAUAGCUAUGAAAACCAAAAAUGCCUCUAAGAACAGGGGAGCCAGAUGGCUGCUAGGACGACUGCUCGACAAGCAUGACAGUCCUUGGUAAUUCUGCGUUGAGGAUUGGACCUUAUAUAUGUAGUUUUUCCGAGGCUAAGAGAAGGGACUAAGGAGUGGGAUGAAUUGGGCUUUUUUAGAAUAUUGUAGAACUUCUAUUUUCCUACUUAAUCACCAGCGACCAAAAAUGGGAACCAAAAUUCUAUUGCAUCAACCUGAGAGCAUUUGCUGUUCUGGUACUUCAAUACACGUUCCCAUGCACAAUGUCUUUUUUGAGAAUUCCGUUCCUCCCUGUGGUGUUUUUUGGGAUACUAAUGUGAGCUCUAUGCAGUCACGGCAUUCAUAUUGAUCAGCAGAUAAUAUGAACUCGGAUGCUCGGUUAUGUUUCUUUGUUAGACUACGAUCUCGCCAUCUGUUGAUUUAGUUGGGAAGGUCUUCAUAUUUCCUCCCUUUUUUAGGAACGUCAGGCUUUACAUGUUAUCACCUUGAUUUUUUCCUCUGAUUAUCCCUGACUGAGUGGAUGAAGUUUAAGAAAAAUCGGUAGUUACAAGAUUCACAGAUGGGCACUGGGUGAAUUAGUAACAUUGAGUGAAAUAUGUGGACAAGGAGUGUAGAAAUUUCUCAGAUGCAUUUAUUGUUCGCUGGUAUUAAUGCUGUGAGCACUAGAAGUCUUCAUCUACUAAUUUUUUGGACCAUUAAAAAUCGCUAUGCUGUACCAUUUGUAUCACAGUUUGAAGAAAUGAUUCAUGGUUGAAUCGAGAGAACAUUUCUUUCUAUGACAUAAUAUGGUUCUUGUGUGAAAAUUGCAAUUUCUAUGUUCUUUUACCUAAUUCCCUGCUUUUGUUUGGAUUAGGUAUCAUUGAAGUGUCCAUGGAACUUUAUGGUCAACACGUACCUUGAGAAAGCAGACAUUUGUUUACAUCUUGAUAGCAAAUACAUCAGAUGGUUGAUUGCUUUUGAAGAUGCCAUCUUGUCUCAGAAUACAGAUAUUCAAUGGUUUUUGAGGGGCCUAUUAGAUGAGGACCCCAUCAAAACUUCUCUGAACACCGAAAAUGUUGGAUGUUUAUGUCCUGCAAUAGGUCAAUGAUUUUUUUUUUGGGCCAAUCCGAAGCAAUAGUUUCGCAGUCUUAGUCUUAUCAGCGUCUUCUCUCUUAUACGUAUAAUGUGUCCUCUACCAGCCUUUGACAACCAUCACCCACCCUCCCCAUGAAAAGGAAACUCAGCAGAAGAAUGCCGAAUGUGUCAGAUUUCCUAGGACACUUUGCUUGAAGAACAAUUUUGUCUUUGGAACACCCAGUACGCUGUCUCAACUACUUGCCACGGCUUACGUAGGCGUCACUUCAGUAGCUUCCAUUCUUUAAGUCCUGAGUCGUUUUUUUAUGAUUAUCUCAGGGCUAACUUUUGGAUGGGGGCAUAUGGAUUAGUUUUGGGUAUUUAAAAUUUGAUGUUUUUCAUUUUUUUCUAUAUUUAUCUUGUACUAUGAGUGCCCAGCCAAUGUUUUGUCUUUCACUCGACUGUUUGAUUACCCUUUUGAAUUCUCUCUGCCUUCAUAACUGUUUGAUUUCGAUAAUCACCCUACAGGCUGCAUCACCACCAAAGAACUGGGUACGGUCAUGCGAUCUCUGGGGCAGAACCCCACUGAGGCAGAGCUCCAAGACAUGAUCAAUGAGGUGGAUGCUGAUGGGAAUGGAACGAUCGACUUCCCAGAGUUCCUCAAUCUGAUGGCCAGGAAGAUGAAGGACACCGACUCCGAGGAGGAGCUGAAGGAAGCCUUCCGCGUCUUUGACAAGGACCAGAAUGGCUUCAUCUCAGCUGCAGAGCUUCGCCAUGUCAUGACCAACCUUGGUGAGAAGCUGACCGACGAGGAGGUCGAUGAGAUGAUCCGAGAGGCUGAUGUGGACGGCGAUGGACAGAUCAACUACGAUGAAUUUGUCAAGGUAAUGAUGGCCAAGUAG